AUGAACGGCCCCCUGCAAGCAGAGGGGAAGUGGCUUUUAAAGCCUAUUGCUCUCUCUGGCUCUCCUCCACCGCACCGACCGCCACUGCCCGCCUCGCCUUGUGACCCUUAGCCUGGAUGGAGAGCCUUGAUUUCCACCUCAUUAACUUCCUACUAAAACUUUAACCCCCUGGCUUUUCCAGUGGGGGCCCCUCCUCCCCUCCCCUCCAGUCCAUGGCCAAGUCCUCUCUCCCUUCUUUCUUUUUCUGUCCCUCUUUCCUUUCUGUCGCACUCUCCACUUUUCCUGCUCCUCCUGCUUCUCCAUUCUCCACAAUUUCUGGCGAGGCUCUCAUCUGAUAGGCCGGCUGAGGACGUCAGUCGCCUCCCUCGGCUGCCCCCUCCUUUAAAAAAAUAAUCCUUUCAUUCACUUGAAGUUGAACAAACUUUUGUCAGGCCGAGAGGGGGAAAGGAGGCAUAACAUCCAUGGGGGAGGCUCAGCCUUGCAGAGCCGGGCGACGCUGAUUUGAUGCUGGAAGCGCCUCACCUCUCUCUGCCCCACAGCCUCUGCGCCCCCAGCCCUGCGCGGAGAAGGACUCACCCACCGGCCGCUUGGAGAACCCAAUCAGGCGGGUGCUGAGAGGAGGUCCUCUCGAGGUGAGGGUCCCCCAGCUUGCAGUCCAAGCCUUCCCCCAGCUCAAGAUGACCUCAGCCACCAAGGUGUACUACAGCCAGACCACCCAAACCGACAGCCACCCCCUGAUUGGCCCAGUGCUGCGGAAGAGGCGGGUCAUGACCAAGGACGGGCGAAGUAACGUGCGCAUGGAGCACAUCGCGGACAAGCGCUUCCUGUACCUGAAGGACCUCUGGACGACCUUCAUCGACAUGCAGUGGCGCUAUAAGCUGGUCCUCUUCUCGGCCUCUUUUGCCGGCACCUGGUUCCUCUUCGGGGUCGUCUGGUACCUGGUGGCCCUGCUGCACGGGGACCUGCUGGAGUUCGGCCCUCCAGCCAACCACACGCCGUGCGUCAUGCAGGUCCACACGCUGACCGGGGCCUUCCUUUUCUCCCUGGAGUCCCAGACCACCAUCGGCUAUGGCUUCCGCUACAUCAGCGAGGAGUGCCCUCUGGCUAUCGUCCUGCUCAUCAGCCAGCUGGUCCUCACCACCAUCAUGGAGAUCUUCAUCACCGGCACCUUCCUAGCCAAGAUCGCUCGGCCCAAAAAGAGGGCUGAGACCAUCAAGUUCAGCCAGAACGCCGUGGUGGCUCAGCACGACGGCAAAACCUGCCUGAUGAUCCGGGUAGCCAACAUGCGGAAGAGCCUCUUGAUCGGCUGCCAGGUCACGGGGAAACUCCUUCAGACCUACCUCACCAAGGAAGGUGAGAACGUCCGGCUGAACCAGGUCAAUGUGAAUUUCCAAAUAGACACGUCUUCCGACAGCCCCUUCCUCAUCUUGCCCCUCACCUUCUACCACGUGGUGAACGAGUGCAGCCCCUUCCGGGACCUGGCCCUGCGCACGGGGGAGGGCGACUUCGAGCUGGUGGUGAUCCUCAGCGGCACCGUGGAGUCCACCAGCGCCACCUGCCAGGUCCGCACCUCUUACCUCCCGGAGGAGAUCCUGUGGGGCUACGAGUUUACCCCGGUCAUCUCUCUCUCAGCCAGCGGGAAGUACGUGGCCGACUUCAGCCUGUUCGAGCAAGUGAUCAAGGUGGCCCCUCCGUGCUGCCUCCACGAAACCACGCGGUUUGGCGACCCUGAGAAGCUGAAGCUGGAGGAAUCGUUCCGGGAGAGAGCCGAGCGGGAAAGCACCCCGCUGAGUGUGCGGAUCAGCAACGUCUGAGCCCUCCUGGGGGCAACUGGUCUUCCGUAGCUUCUAGGCGUCCCUUGCAGCCUCCCUCCCUCCUCCCCGGCUGUGGUGGCCCCUACUCUCCUGCCAGCCUCAUCGGUUGCAGAGGGGGGAGAGGCUCCCCAAAACAGAAGGCAGCCUUGCUUUUAUUCUCCACAGAAGAGCCCCCAACAAAAGGAACUCUUCCUCCUCCUCUGUGCUUCUAUUUUCCCCUUUUCUAAAAACAGGCGGAGUGGCUGAGGCCGGGCUCACCAGAGCAGCUGAAUGCACCACCAGUGAGGCAGGCAGGCCCGAAAGUGGCUGUGGCUGAAGCGCCCUGGGAGUGAGGCUUCUGUGGACACAGCUCUGCUCCGGCCACGUUGGGUCAUGGGAUCCCAGUUAUGGACCUCCAAAAGCUUGGGAUCCCCAAGUCGCAGGUGGCUGGAGCCUUGAGGAGGGACUCUAAGGGUCCUGGCCUCUGUGCGUGCGUGCACACACACACACACACAGCUGCAGUUUUUCUGUUAUUACUGUAAACCAUCAAAAUGCUGCACUUUUUAAGCCCAGGAAGGAGAAUGAAGGAGAGGCAGCAACCCAGAGCAAGUGGGCCCUCCCUACUAGCAAGACAAAGAGUAGCAGAAAAGAAAAAUAAAACUGGGAAGACGAAGAAGGGCACUGUCAGCUGGGGAAACCCACUUGAUUCCAUGCUAGUUAAAAAUUGGCUGGCGGUGCCUUUUCCUCAAGCUAACAUAAAGCUUCAUCCUUGUCACUUUCAUCCAGCCAAACUCAAUCCAAGUAUUUUCUUUCAAAAGGUAGGAUAAAUAUUUCAGCAAAUGCAGAAGGAAAACUGAGGCACAAAAUGUUUCAUGGACUUUGAAGCUAAAACAAUCCUGCCUGCUUGCAAAGUGCCUGGCCAAGGGGGAAUCUGCCAGCUCCCCAAAGUGUGCCAGAAAAAAAUCCGCUCCGGGGGAGAAGAAGUCGCUUUGGGCACACACCUGUUUGCAGGUGGAGGCCCACGUCAGUCAGGGUCACCCCCAAGAAGAGCUCAUCUCCUGCCUUUGCAGGGGAGCUGUUGGGUCCAGAGGGUCUCCCACAGCUGGAGGAGCAGGUGGUGCUGGAAACCGCUGAUCUGCAGCAGCCACGGACAGGGGGGCUGACUGGGCUGUGGGGGAGGUGGGUCAACACUGCUGGCUCUGGAAAGGAAUCGAGCUGGCCUGGCCUGGACGAUUUCUGUGGGGAGCAGAAGAGCCCAGACUGGUGUUUUGCACGUCAAGAGAGAGAGGGAGAGUGUAGCUUCCUCUUGGGAUGUAAAUGUCUGUUGUGAUAUUUAUAUAUGUUUAUUUAUAUAAAUGAUCUAUAUGUUGCUACUCAAAACACAAAGCAAAGAAGAAAAGAGUGAAGGAGUGAGGUUGCACUUUGUCAAAAACAAGUGAAAGAGCAGACACAAGGCGGUCGGCACCAAAAAAGGAAGUUAAUCAUAGAUUACCCUGCGGUCCUCAUCCCUCCCUCCCACUGCUUCAAAUUUCCUUCCUUCCUUCCUUCCUUCCUUCCUUCCUUCCUUCCUUCCUUCCUUCCUUCCUUCCUUCCUUCCUUCCUUCCUUCCUUCCUUCCUUCUUUUCUUUCUUUUCUUUUUUUUAAGUUUGCACCCUGCCUGGACACAUACCUAACAACAGCACUUCAUAGGUAGAUUGAGAUGUGCUUUCUUGGCCUAAAGAUCCUCGUUCCUGACUUGCGCAUGAGUUUAAGCUACAAAACGAAUUGCUACCCUUCCCCCUCAAUUUCACAGAGUCGUGUUCGGUCUGUUUUCUUCUGUUGCACCCCCAGGUGAAUGCAAGGCGAAUGGAAGACCUGGAGAUCUGGAGAGACCAGCUGGAUCAGUAUUUGCCAUUCAAAUCCGUUUGGAUCUACUGGAGAUCCGGCCGUAAAGUUUUGGGAGACAGAAAGAGGGAGGAGGAAGAGGUUGCCUCAAUCCUUCUUUCUUUCCUCUUCCUUCCAAGGCCAGGAUAUUUCAGGGUUGGGUGUCCUCCCAGUUUCCCCACAGGCGGAAGGUUGGUCCCACCAGAUCUGCAGGCCUGGAAUAAAGUAAGAGCAUUUUUAUUUGGGGGAAACGAAGAUGCUGCGCAGAAGAAGAAAGACAGAGCAGAGGAAAGUUCCCAGUGUUUCUUUCAGAUAUUUGGGGUUCACGCA